UUCAGCAGAGAGAGAAGCAAACUUCAUCACAUAAAUUUCUCUCUGAAAUUCAGAUUUAGCAAAAUCGAAGAAGCACAUGGAGUUGUGCACUGCGAUUCUUCCAUCACGCUAUUCAGUUCUACCAAGGUUCUCUACUACAACACCUCAUGGAGUUUCCGUUCGUCCCCAUUCCUUAUCAAUCAAAACCUCAAUUCCAUUUCCACGCUUCAACUUUCGUACCAAAGGCAAAGAAGCAGGAACGUUGCAAUUGCAACGUUGUGUUGCUUCUAGUGAAGGAAGUUCCUCUGAUGUCUUGGAUGAUAGUCGAAUGAUUGGAGUGUGUGAUAAGCUUAUUGGGGUUUUCAUGGUUGACAAGCCUACUCCAAGUGAUUGGAGAAGGUUGUUAGCAUUUAGCAAGGAAUGGAACAACAUUAGGCCCCAUUUUUUCACGCGCUGUCGCGUUAGAGCUGAUGCUGAGGAUGAUCCCACCAUGAAGGAGAAGCUGCUUCGCCUUGCAAGGAAGCUCAAAGAGAUUGAUGAGGAUGUGCAGAGACACAAUGAUCUUCUUGAAGUGAUCAGACGGGAUCCUUCGGGAAUUAGUGAGAUUGUUUCCAAGCGUCGUAAAGAUUUUACAAAAGAAUUCUUUGUGCACCUUCACACGGUGGCUCAAGCCUACUAUGACAAUGCAGAAGAGCAAAGUGAACUGGCAAAGCUUGGGAAUACAUGCUUGGCUGCUGUACAAGCCUAUGAUGCUGCAACUGAAAGCAUUGAACAGCUAAAUGCUGCAGAGUUGAAAUUCCAAGAUAUUAUCAAUUCUCCGUCACUUGAUGCUGCCUGCAGGAAGAUAGACAAUUUGGCUGAGAAAAAGGAACUUGAUUCAACGUUGGUAUUGAUGAUCACAAAAGCUUGGUCAGCUGCCAAGGAGUCAAAUAUGAUGAAAGAUGAGGUAAAAGAUAUCCUCUAUCAUUUAUACAGGACUGCAGUGGGAAAUCUUCAGAGACUUGUGCCAAAAGAGAUUCGAAUAAUCAAGUAUCUUAUUAAAAUUGAGGAUCCUGAGGAGCAACUGUCUGCCCUCCAAGAUGCAUUUACACCUGGAGAAGAACUUGAAGGAAAGGAUGUGGAUAACUUGUACACGACUCCGGAGAAGCUUCACACAUGGAUAAAGACUGUGGUUGAUGCUUAUCAUUUGAGCAAAGAAGGUACACUCAUUAGGGAAGCAAGGGAUCUGUUGAAUCCUGAGGUCAUCCAAAAGUUGGAGGUGCUGAAGAAGGUUGUGGAAAGAAAAUUCAUGUGAAUAGGAGCUUAUAAAAACAUACUUAGGUGGUUUUCCUACUCUAAAAGGCCACGAGUAUACUUGAAGCUUGAGAUUCUCGAUGUCCACCAACUAACAAGCCCGGAUAUACAACAGCUUUGCUGCAAGGAAAUUCUAAAUUUUGGUUAGUGUCCAGGGGUGUAGAUUUUAUUUUACUUUUUAACAAUAGAAUAAACUAAAUUAGGAAACAAAGUUAGACAACUAUCAUAAUUACAGCAUCAAAAGUUUACCUUCGUUUUUGGUUAAAAUAGGAGGUUGAAAACUGAGAGAGUAGGGGAAUGUAUUCUUUGCUUGUGGGACAGGGAAGUAUUACAUGGUAGACCUGGGAGGCUGGGAUAUGAAUACAAGACCUACAAAAUUUGAUCCUGGCACCAUGUGACCAUUCAACCAAAGGCCAUGGCCCUUGAUCAGGUCAAUUAUGUUGUUGCAUGGCUGUAGAUACAGUGUACAUUCUCACGUAUUUGUUUUAUUAUCCUGUUACUCAAAGGUCAAUUUCCUAAUUUAAAAUUUAAUGUUAUGUCGAGUUGACCAAAUCUCAAUGGAAAAAUUAUAAUGUCCCCUAACAGAUACCUAGAAUCCAAUUUACUGCAUUAUACCUAAAAAAAAUUAUAUGACCUGGUCGUGGUGUUUGCCUUCAAGGUAGAUGUUUGGGGUACAUAGGAGGGACUUAAUUUAGCAUGGGCCGUGGUUGUCGCAAGGUUGUGGUUGAAUAAGUGAAUUGGAUUUUGUGGUAGUGGUUAAUUUGCUUAGGAAGGAGUUAUCUAAUUAGGUUAAGAGGAAUGUUAAAUAAUCAGGAUUCACUUUUUAUUUAAUGAAGCUUAAAAAUUCACUUAUUAAUAAAUAAAUAAAAUGUGUUGGAAAGAGUAAAUUAAAAGAAGGGAUAAAUGUUUUUCGUGUAGUAGGAAAUACUUUUAUU